AUGACGUCGAUAGGUACAGGCUAUGAUCUCUCCAACUCUGUCUUCUCUCCGGAUGGACGAAACUUCCAAGUCGAAUACGCUGUGAAAGCGGUGGAAAAUGGCGGGACGUGUGUCGGCAUUCGGACCAAGCAUGGAGUGGUUCUAGCAUGCGAGAAGAUCAUUACCUCAAAGCUCUUGAAGCCUGGCUCCAACAAGAGAAUAUCCACGGUUGACCGUAAUGCCGGCAUCGUGACUUCCGGAUUAUUACCAGACGGUCGUCACCUCAUCAGCAGAGCGAGAGACGAGGCUAGUAGUUGGAGACAAACAUACAAAGCCCCCAUUCCCAUCCAUGCUCUGGCGUCAAGAGUAGGGGGUUACGUGCAGGCAUACACUUUGUACUCCAGCGUACGGCCUUUUGGUGUGACAGCCAUCUUGGGAGGCUGGGAUUCUGAAGCGGAACAUGGUGUAGACGGGCAGGUCGGAGAGGGUCCCGGGACCGGUGCUGGUGGCAAGUCCGAAGGCGAAGCUGUCAAACGAGGUGGCCCGGGACUUUAUAUGAUCGAGCCUAGUGGGCUAUACUGGGGCUAUUAUGGUGCUGCCACAGGCAAAGGGCGGCAGGCUGCCAAAGCUGAACUGGAAAAGCUUGAUCUUGGCUCACCGACCUGCGCCCUCACUCUCAAAGAAGCCGUCAUGGAAGCUGCUAGGAUCAUCUACGUGGCCCAUGAAGACUCGAAAGACAAGGAAUUCGAACUCGAGAUGACCUGGAUCUCGAGCCUUGACGGCCCUACAAAAGGCCGACACGAACAGGUACCGCAAGAGUUACUCGACGAGGCCGAGAAAGCAGCCAAGAAGAGCCUGGAGGGAGACGACGAAGACGAGGAGGAGGAUGCCAUGCAGGAUUGA